UUCCAAAUAGUUGAAAGUACAGCAAGACAAAUUUUGGAUAUUCCAUUAGCAUACCCUUCUUUGAUAAAACCAUUUCUUCUUUAAGAAAAGCAAAGAAAAAAAUCCAAUUCCCUUCAAAGUCUUUCAUAUCUUUCAUAUCAGAUGGCAGCACUUUUUCCCAAGAAAAGCACUAUGCAUUUUCAUUAUCUUAUUAUAUUCUUGGCUAGUUUUGGAUUGUGUUUUCUUCUUUGUGCUGCUGAGUUUCCAUAUUUCAAGCAAUCUGUAAAAGCUGAUGGCUCUCUUAGUUUUCUUGUUAUUGGAGAUUGGGGAAGGAGAGGUCUCUAUAACCAAACUGACGUGGCCUACCAGAUGGGAGAGAUAGGCGAGAAGCUAAAGAUUGAUUUUGUAAUAUCAACUGGUGACAAUUUCUACGAAGAUGGGCUCACUGGUGUUAAUGAUCCUGCAUUUCACGACUCAUUCACCAAUAUUUACGAAGCUCCUAGCUUGCAAAAAACGUGGUACAAUGUGUUGGGCAACCAUGACUAUAGAGGUGAUGUAGAGGCACAGCUAAGUCCAGUCCUUCAAGAAAAGGAUGAAAGAUGGUUUUGUUUGAAAUCCUAUGUUCUUGAUGCAGACAUUGUGGAAUUUUUCUUCGUAGACACAACUCCCUUUGUGGACGACUAUUUUACAAACCCAAAAGAGAGCACCUAUGACUGGAAAGGUGUCUUCCCAAGGGAAAAAUAUCUCAACGAUCUCUUAAAGGAUUUGGAUUUGGCAUUACGUAGGUCAAGUGCAAAAUGGAAGAUGGUGAUUGGUCACCACACGAUUAAAAGUGCUGGACACCAUGGUAGUAUUACAGAGCUUGCUGACCAAUUAGUCCCAAUACUUGAGGAACAUAGUGUCGAUUUCUACAUCAACGGCCAUGAUCACUGCCUGGAACGCAUCGGAAGCAUUGACAGCAAAUUGGAGUUUUUAACGAGCGGAGGCGGAUCCAAGGCUUGGAGAGGAGACCUAAAAGGGUGGAAUCCGGUGGAAUUGAAAUUUUAUUAUGAUGGACAAGGAUUUAUUUCAGUUGAAUUGAACCAAAAAGAAGCUGAAUUUGUGUAUUAUGAUGUUUUUGGACAUGUCCUACACAAAUUUAGUGUGUCAAAGGACUCUUGUGUAGCUAAGCAAUAGGGGUAUACAAUUAGUACUACAAAAGAGCUAGUUGAAUCAUGAACGAGGCAUUAAAAUUGUACUUUAGUUUAUUAGUGAUUGUUCCCAAUGAGGAAUUAAAUUGUACUUUUUAUUAUUGAUUGUUCUCUAUGAGGAAUUAAAAUGUACUACAUCUUAUUAUUGAUUGUUCUCUAUG